AUGGCACUACUUUUGUUGCUGCUAAGUAUCCUCGACGACGUCAUUAAACAAUUAAACAAUUCACUUCCAUUUUCCGACCCAAAAUUAAGAAACUUUGUUCAAUAUUUUGAAACACAAUGGGUUUUGGCUGUUCCAUCAGAAUAUUGGUCAUCGGGUCCCGUGCGUCUUCGAACAAACAAUGUUAUUGAGGAUAAUCACGAUGAUUAUAGCUCAACCGAAGUUACAGCUUGUUAG